CUAAACCGUGUAAACAGCCGACUGGAAGGAAACAAAUUUGCAACAAAAUGAAAAUAUUCAUUGUUCUGGCCAUGCUCAUAGCAGCCGUCUGCGCUGUACCCCAAUUCGGCUUUGGUAGUGCCUAUGGAGGUGGUGCUGCUGGUUUCGGCGGUCGUCCUAACUAUGGCGGUGGCGGUUUCGGCGGUCGUCCUGGUUUCGGUGGUGGCAGCUAUGGUCGUCCCGGUUUCGGCGGUCGUCCUAACUAUGGUGGUGGCGGUUUUGGCCGUCCCGGUUUCGGUGGUGGCGGCGGUGGUUCAUCUGCUGCUGCUUCUUCUAGUGCCAGUGCUGCCGGUAAUGGUGGUUUUGGUGGCGCUGGUUCCGCUUCAGCUUCUGCAUCCGCCUCUGCUGCUGGUGGUGCUGGCGGUAGAUUCCGCGGUUAAAUCUUUAUCCUGCCACAGAUUAAACAAAGUAUUUGCUUAAGUUUUUUUUUUUUAAAUUAUUUUUUAUUUUAAGUUUUAUAAAAAAAGUCGCCAAAAUAUAAAAAAAA